UUUUUCCUUUUGCAAUACACAACCUGAAAGCAAGUUCCAGGAUCAAAUGGGCCUACCCCAAUUGCUUUUGUGAGAGGGAAAAUCCCCAUUAGAAAAAGGAAAAGAAAAAAAGGAAGCAGCAAAGGAGAAAGCAAAAGGCUAUAAAGAAAAGAACAACACAUAUAGAAAGAAGAAGAAGGACAUGGAGGAGAUGAUGGUGAUGAUGAUGAUCAGUAGCCCAGAAAAUCCCAGAAAUGAAUCCAUUUCUUCUGAACCCAUCACCACCUCCACUUGUCCCAGCUGGAAACUUUAUGAAAAUCCUUUUUAUUAUUCUCAGCAUCAUCAACAUAAUCAACAACAACGUCAUAGUAACAAGCACCCUCAUCACCUACACCUUCCUUGCUCUACACGUAAGAUUGCUGCCUCGUUCUGGGAUUUAACCUUAUUCAGGCCCAUCAUGGAGUCUGAGCUUGAAUUUGCUCGAGCCCAGAUCAUGGAACUGAAGGCUGAGCUUGAAUACGAACGUAAGGCACGAAAGAAGGCAGAGUCAAUGAAUAGGAGGCUGGCUAAAGAGCUUGCUGAGGAGAGAAGAGGAAGAGAGGCAAUAGGGAGGGUGUGUGAAGAGCUUGCAAAAGAAAUUUCAUCAGAUAAAGCUGAGAUCAAUAGGAUGAAGAGAGACAUGGAAGAAGAGAGAAAGAUGCUAAGGAUGGCUGAGGUGUUAAGGGAAGAGAGAGUUCAAAUGAAACUUACAGAGGCAAAGAUUCUCUUUGAAGAGAAGCUUUCAGAAUUGGAAGACUCUACAAGGAUGCAAAUUGAGAGUUCACCUUCCAAGUUAAAGGAAAAGAAUCAAGAAGCUGAUAAUCCACUAGGAACUACCACCACUGCUUCGAAUGAAGUUGCUUCUUUUUCAAGGAAAUUUAAACACUUGGUCUUGAAUGAGAAAUCGGCUCGCAAUGACUAUAGUAGUGGUGUUGAUUCAAGGGAGUCAGCAAGAUUGGGUUUUGACGAUAAAUCAGCUUAUUCUGACAAUAAUGGUGUUGAUACAAGAGAAUCUACAAGGCUGGUCUUGGGUGAGAAAGUUUGGAACAAUAAUGGUGGUGGUAUUUCAUUCAUGACAGUUCAGAGAAAAGCUUCUCCAGAACCUGAGAAUCCUCAUAUAAAGAGAGGGAUCAAAGGGUUUGUUGAAUUUCCACGAGUUGUUAGAGCAAUUGGAUCCAAAAGUCGGCAUUGGGGCACAAAGCUGGAGUGUCAAAAGGCUCAGCUAAGGAUUUUACUCAAACAAAGGAAUCCAAUCCAAUCCAACAAUCUUAUUAUGAGUUGAAGAUAUGAAGGUCUUUUGUUCCCACCUCUCUGCAUCUUGAUUAAUUUUGUUUGUUCUUCUUGUGUAAUUCUUAUUAUUGUUAGUUUGAUAUGUUUUUGCAAUAGGGCCACAACCCAGUACCCCAAAUUUAUUGGUUUGAACAGUCAUAAGAAUGGAGUAAAUAUGUUUUGAUUUUCUAUCAGUUGAAAGUGUGGUUAUGUAAGAAUAGAAGUAUUUUGUUCAAAUGUUUGUGAAUAUUAAAUACAGUUUGCUUCUGAUC